AUGUCCAUUGAUCCGCAAUCCUACAACGACCCUCAAACCUACGGGCGCGACGCGGGCGCGCGUCAGCGCGUGCGCGUUCGCAAGGCGUGUCAGACGUGCAAGCGCCGUAAAGUCAAGUGCAACGGCGUGCAACCGUGCUCCAACUGCGUCAAACACGGCAUCCCGUGCACGUACCAGUUCCGAGAGCUCACGCCCGGCGACGCGCCAGCCGCACGCACGGGCUCCACGUCUGCGUCGCCGGAAUUGCUGGUUGCGGCGGCGGCGGCGGCAGCGCCGCCGCCGCCUCUUGCGGUCGCCCGCGGGCCGUCGGGCGCGGCCUCCAUUGGCCCGCCGGCCGCACAUGCCUAUGCGGCCCGCGCCGCCCACGCCGUGCCUUCGCCUUGGCAAACGUUCUCCUCGGACAAAUACAGGUUCCACCGCCGCUACCAAAACGUGUUGCCGUCGCAUCUGGGCCGCGGGCUGCUGGCCGCGUUGCCGCCCACAGCCGCCGAGCGCCACGCGCUCAAAGUGCCCCGUGUGCAAUGCUACGGGUGGAACAUGUCCGGCGGGCACUACCUCGGACAACAGCGGCGCGGCCCGCCCGCCGCGCAAUGGGAAUGGCAAUUCGACUCGCCUCUGCAGCGAGGCAUCGCGGAAAAGCUCGUACGCGCGUACUUUGAGCACAUCAACGGGGUGUUUAGCAUCCUCCACGAAAAGGUGUUUUGGCAGCAGUACCACAACGGGUUCCUCGAAAACCAGCGCAACGCGAGCGACCUGUUUGCCGCGCUGCUGUACCUGGUGCUGGCGACGGCGCUGCGGUUCGCGCAGGGCGCGGGAGAGAAGCCCGGAGAUAAGCCCGGAGAUAAGCACGGGGAUACCGGCGCGGGCGCGCCGGUAUCCCCGCUUGUCGCGUGGCACGAGGACGAGGUCACGUGGCUCGCGCCCCAGCUCGCCCGCGGCCUCGAGGAGCGCCUCUUCGAGACCGCCCACGCCGCCGUCUCGCGGCUGUCGUUCGAGUGGGAGUCCUUCGAGCUCAUCCAGGCCUGGCUGCUCAUCGCCGCGUACCUGCGCACCUGCCACCGCCAGACCUCGUGCUGGCAGGCGCUGGGCCGCGCCGUGCGCAUGUGCAACGGCAUGGCGCUCUAUCUGAACCGGUUCCCGGCCGAGCACGCGCCGUACGACGAGACCCGUGCCCGCAGCUGUUUCUGGUCCUGCUUCAUGCUCGACAAAGUCAUCAGCUUCCAGAUGGGCCGCACGCCCGAGCUCCCGCUGCCCGCUCCGCAGAUGGUGCCGCCGGCCGGCGCGUCCGCUGGAGAAACCUGGUUUUGCUCCACCAGCGUCGCCAUGUGUCGGCUGUCGCUGAUCAUCGAAUCGUGCCAACGGCGCAACGGCGAAGAGCUCGGCAUCGAAGAGACAUGCGGUGUACGGGCGGAACUCCGGCGCUGGGCCGAGGCGGUCGCUCUGGACGGCGCGGCCGCGGCCGCGCAUCCGUCGCUCGCGCUCCGCCAAGUUUUCCUAACGUAUCUGGACGUGCGGCUGACGCUCGAGAUUCGCGGUUUGCACCAGCUGCUGCGAUCUGGCGACCCAGCUGGUGUCCAUUGCGACGACGUGCGCGCUCUGUGGCCACUCGACGCGCCCGCCCUGGUCGAGCUUUCGGCGCAAGCCGUGCAAGCGCUGCGCUCGAUCGUGGACGAAGGCCAGUUUUUCGUGCCCUGGUGGCUCAAUUUGUCGUUGCUAUUCACAGCCAGCAUCACAUGCGUCGCGUUGAUCGACUCGGGGUUGCAAUUGGCUCGCACGCGGCCAUUACUCAAGCAGUGCUUCGACAUAUGGCACUACAUCGAGCAAGCGCACCCUCAGAACCCUCCAGGUAUGGCAGCUGAAUGCAUAUGGUGUCUGAAAAUGCUCAGCCACAUGUCGUCGCUGCGGCUACAGUUGGCCCUGGACGACCUCACCACGGUGGUGGGCGUCGACCACGGCGACGACUCUCUCAAUAAAAAUAGAUUCCGCCAGUUCGGGAAAGUGGACGACGACCACGGUGCGGCUGACGCUGACCCAACGGCCACUGUGGCCUCGGAAAAUGACUCCCUCAUGCUUGAACUGGGCGAUAACGACGACUUGCUCUCGCACAUCCAGUGGUUCGACCAGUGGUUCGACAUCAACAGCCUGGACUCAACGUGA